UUCUUCUUCGCUUUCUUUCUUUAGCAGUUCUUGUCAGUUUUUUUGUGUAUUUUUGUGGAUCUUGUUGGCACAAGCAAACAUGUUUCCACCAAAUGUUGUGGGCUCAACCGUCACUGAGAGGGCUGAGAGAAGGGGGAAGGAAGAAAUGAGUGAAGGAAGGUUAUGGAGGAGGUUUGGGGUCUGGGAUGUGGGUAGCAUUUGAAGAAGAGGAAUGUAGCAGACAGUGGGUAAACAUCGCUGGUAGCUUGAAAACACACACAUGCAGACGCAUUAACACACACAAUUCCACACAGCUCCCGAGGGUCUUUGGGAAUUUAAGACAAACAGUCUCCGCUCUGUAGCUCCUGAUCAAACAGGGUUACAUAUCUCACCAGCUGUCUCCAUGGCAUUCCUGUGUUGUACCGUGUUGGUGCUGCUGUGUUUUUUUGACUCUGCCUCAGCCACUUUUAUAGCUGACAUGGACUACGGAGGUGUUCCUCUGUGGAUUAAUCGCCUGCUGGGUGAGCCCAGUGUGCUGAGCCUACAGGGGCGGAUGGACUCAGCGUGGUUCCGAGCCAACAACCACCAAGCCUGCCCUCAACAGUGUGACUGCCCCAUCCAGUGGCCCACGGCACUCUACUGUGACCACAGAGGCCUGGCAGACAUCCCUGACCGCCUGCCGGACAGAACUCAAUACCUGUUUCUCCAGUGCAACAACAUCUCGUACUUAUCCUUCUCUUUUCUGGCCAACAUUACUGGUCUACGCUGGCUCAUCUUGGACCACAACCAGCUGCAGACCGACACACUGGACCAGGCCGCCCUGCAGAACCAGACCCAGCUGUGCUAUUUUUUUGCCAACCACAACCGCCUCAGUUCAGUCCCCAGUGCUCUACCAGUUGGACUCAAGCAGCUGCGACUAGCCUACAACCAAAUCAGCAGCAUCAGCCGUGGAGCUUUCAGGAACAUGCACAACCUGACGCUGCUGCUGCUGCAGGGAAACAGACUGCAAACCAUCAAAGAAGGAGACCUCAAAGGUCUUGUCAGUCUGAACCUGCUGGACCUCAAUGGGAAUUUGUUCUCAUCUGUCCCGAGGCAUUUACCCCGUACUGUCCAGCAGCUCUAUCUGUCCAAUAACACCCUCUCUGGGCUGGAUGAGGACAGUUUUGUGGGAUUUCACAACCUUAAGUACCUUCGUCUAAGUCACUGUGGUCUGCAGAGCCGCGGCGUGCACCCGCAGGUCUUCAACUUCUCCAGCUUGGUGGAACUGGACCUGUCUUAUAACAAACUUACAACCAUUCCCACAGUCCCAACAACCCUGCAGUACCUCUACCUGGAGGCCAAUGAAAUACAAGGGUUCAACGUGACUAGUUUCUGCAGAGAGGUGGGACCUCUGUCCUACUCCAGGAUGAAGAUAUUACGACUGGAUGGAAACAAGAUGUCCUACCAGCAGUUGCCCCCUGACUGGGUCUUCUGUCUGCGAGUGCUUGAAAGUAUUUACAUAUGACUCCACCUUCUGAACAUGCAUCAAAAACAGGAUUACUGUAUGUGACGGGCCGACCUCAUCUAGUGAUACAAAGAAAAAAACAACAUGAUUUUUGUUUUGUUAGCCAACUCGUCAUUUGUGAAGUCAUGUAACUCUGCCUUAAAGCUAGAAACCAGAGAAGAAGAUUAGACACACUGUAGACACACUGCCAGGCACUGAAGGGAAAACUGACCUUCAAAAGUUGCCAAAGCUUGAACUUGUAUACUAAACCAGUGUUAUUUUAUCACAAUGCCAAAAGCCCUUAUUUCUUAUACCACCAGUGCAUUCCCAUGGGUUUCUCUCUCACAUUCUAUCUUCUCCAAGUUCUGCCUCAGCAGGGUUGUACAUCUGUGUGUUAUUACCGAAUAGGAACUGUUACAAAUCCUUUCAUUUCUGACUGUACAGAAUAAUGUGCUCUGGUUAAACUGAGAUGUCUUAGGGCAAAGGGAAACAUGUAUGAAUGGUAAUAUUUAGUAGCUUCCCCAUGAGAGACUUUGACUCAGUUAGCUGGAAGGUGUUAAAAAGCCACACCAGUCCAUACAUGGUCAGAUCCAUGAAAAUCUUCAAAUGCUCUAAACUUAAAACAAAAUAUUGUUACAUUAAACUUUGAUUUGAAAGCUGAGGUGCAUGAUCAUAAUGGUGAAAUUUGGUUUGCAUAAGCAACAAAAUAAUAAUAAAAACACAAUAGUAUA